AUGACUGGUGAUGAACAUGAUGAUGAGGGUGCGGGCCAUAUUCCGAGUGAUGUUGCUUUGGCGGUAGAAGCGUUGGAUGAGUUAAGGAAUUCACAUGCACAGGGGCAACGUGAUACCCUCUUAGACAAGGUCCGUGCAAACUCUCUCAUAAACAAUGCCGUUAGAGUAUAUGAGCAUAGUAAAAGUCAAUACCCAAGCUUUCGGAAAGGUGCAGAGAUGAUGGAGCGAAAAGCGAUCAUACCCAUGGUAAAGAGAAUCGAAGAAACUAGCAUCAAGUGGAAAAGUAGAAGGAAGCGUACCCGCGAUGAGGACUCAGAUGGGAGCGUUCUUUCUGAAGAAGAAAGUGAAUCUUCAACAGAGUCCAAGAAUGAUAGAGAUCAAGAGCAUUCUGAAAGUUCAGAUGAGGAAAACGAAGAAGAAGAUAGUACAAUGCUAGAAGAGAGAACAUUCAAGGGCAGAAUCUCCAAACGGCAGAAGAUUUCGCGUGCUUUUGCUAAAUCCAAGAAUAACUUUAAGGAGUACAAACUCAACAUGUCAAUCGAAUCUAAAAAAAGGCUUAUCACCUGCUUACAUUUACUCAAACUUGCUAAUAAUCAGCUUUCUAAUAGGGUGAGCUUCUUACAAGAUCUUGUGCAGAAGGAACAACAGCUCAGAAAAAGACGAAUAAAGGUAAACGAGAAGGAUAGCGAUCACGACGAGUUCUACGAUGCCUCCGAUAAUAUCGAUGAACAGUCCACGGUCAUCAAAAUGGAAGUUGUGGGGACUGUGAAGAAAGUCUACGCACUCAUAUCAAAGUUCACUGGAAACUCACUCCCAGAACCUGCUAGAACACAGGUAAGAGAGUCUUUAUUAAAACUUCCGAUGAAUUGGACAACGAUGAUCAAUUCCGAAGAUUUAGCUAAACGUACAAACUCCAAGAUUAUAAGCCCCAAUGGAAAAGUCCUUCUUCUGGCACGCGAAAGCCUUGACAUGGUUCACAACGUCAUGGGUGUGGUCGAUAAUACUUUGGGGAAAGCUGAAGAAUGGGUCAAACAUAAGCAAGAAAUCAAGGAAAUGCUAAAAGAACAAUAUCGCAACGCACAGUUGCGCGAAAAAGUUAAAAACCAAAUGGUAAAGGAAGGUGAUAUAUAA